AAAUGUUUUACCUUUUUUUAAACAAACAAAAUAUCGGACUUCAAAUAUGAAGUGCAUAAAUAUUCAUGUGUUGGUGUUUGUGAUUAGUCUAGCGAUGUCUCUAACAAUGUCUAUUGAUGAACUGGAAGACUUUAGUAAUUAUCUAAAGGAAACAUCUCUGUUGGAUCAACCACUGAAAAAAUAUCCUUCAGACGAUAGUGACGACGACGCGCCAAUUUCUGAGCACGCCUGGGAAGAGAGUGGUCGAUUCGAGGGUGACUUGAUCCUCAAUGACCGACAGAGGCAACUUAUAGUGCAAGAUAUCGCGGAGGGCCUCUCCAGGAACGGUCUCAAAGAUAGCACUAAACGAUGGCCAAACAAUGAAGUUAUUGUUUAUAUUCAAAGAGAGCAUUUUGCCGGCGAUCAAGUUCAAGCAAUAUUGCGCGGCAUGGAAGAGCUUAGCCAAGCGUCUUGCGUUAAAUUCAGGCCGUAUAAGAAAGGGGAUCGAGAUGCCGUUGUGGUCCAAGGUAGUCGUCGCGGUUGUUUCUCGCAAGUGGGCUAUCAGGGGGGCUACCAGGUGCUGAACCUGUCGGGCCGGCACCCAGUCGGCCGCGGCUGCUUCCGGCACGGCACUGUCGUGCACGAGUUCCUGCACACGCUGGGCUUCUACCACAUGCAGAGCAGCCCCGACAGGGACGACUAUAUAGACGUCAUCUGGGAUAACAUCGUGCAACCGGCCAGACAUAAUUUCCGAAAGUAUAAUCUAUUCUCCGUGUCGGACUUCGGCGUUGGAUACGACUACGACAGCGUCCUGCACUACAGCCGCAAAGCGUUCUCCUCGAACGGCGGCGACACGUUGGUGCCUAAGAAGAGUGGCGUUGACAUUGGGCAGAGGAUAGGUCUCUCAGAGAAAGACAGUGCCAAGUUGAACAAGAUGUAUUGUGACGCGGACUCGAAUAACUUCGAAGCUGCGGACGACGUGUCACAUACUGUCAUUAAAAAGAAAAAAACCCCUAAGAACAAGCCUUUUGAAGGGCAUGGUAUAGGAUAUCACCAAGUAAAGCGCCGCAAGCCAUGCCACCGACGGCAAUUGAAGGAUUUGGAGUUGGACAGGAAAUAACUUAUUCGUACAAAUUCCCUGCUGGGUACCAUAUAGCUGACCAUAAAAUCCCAACGUACCAAUAUCCAACACUGUUAAAUAAAACGAAUACUGCAACAGAACCUUUAUUUAGACUACAUAAUGUACAAAAUAAUAAUGAAGACAUGAA